AAUCCUCGUUUGACUUCCUGUUUCCUUUUCAGGUUCGCUUGUCGUCCGUAUUUCCACAUGCAGAUGAAGAGUGGAGGUCAGCAGGUUUUUUUUUUCCGGGAUGUUGCAUCGUGGGACGCGUCUGGCCGUCCACAACCACCAUCCAUUCAUCAGUAAUAACUCCUUCCUGUUCUCCUCCCGUGGAGGCGCUCAGCGGGUCGCUUCACAUCUCCUCGGCUCCGGAUGAAAAGGAGAUAUCAAGCUGAAAUCAAGGAAUCGAGUCCAUGCGAGCUGCCAUCUGAUCCCACACACUUAUCAAUGAAGCAAGAGAUCAUGGCGGAUGGCCCCAGGUGUAAGAGGCGAAAACAAGCCAACCCGAGACGGAAAAACGCUCUGAACUACGAGAAUGUGGUGGAGACGGGCUCCGAGACGGAGGAGGAGGACAAGCUGCCGGUGUCCGAGGAGGACCCCCUGAUGAACGGCGCCGCCAGCCCGGCCAGCCUCACCAACCCGGAGGCCUCGCCGCGCACCGAGGGCCACGGCCUGCUCACCAAGGAGGAGGAGGACGACGAGAUGCGGGACAGCGGCGUGGAGCACGUGUGGCCCGACAACGACAUGCUGAGCGCCUCGGUCGACGGUACUGAUGAAAUUAAAGAUGAUUUUGACGCCCUGGGGCCUGACGCCACUUUGCAGGGAGUCGGAAACGGUACAGUCAAGAGCGUCGAUUGCACUUCGGAGUUGGAGGACUUCUUCGCCAAGCGGAAGCUGGACGACGGCGACAGCCACGUGGUGAGCAUCGCCGAGUACCUGCAGCGCGGCGACACCGCCAUCAUCUACCCAGAAGCCCCCGAGGAGCUGUCCCGCCUGGGGACGCCGGAGGCCACGGGGCCGGAGGAGAACGACCUGCCACCUGGAACGCCAGAUGCCUUCGCCCAACUGUUGACCUGCCCCUACUGCGACCGGGGCUACAAGCGCUUGACAUCGCUGAAGGAGCACAUCAAGUACCGCCAUGAGAAGAACGAGGAGAACUUCGCCUGCCCCCUGUGCAACUACACGUUCGCUUACCGCACUCAGCUCGAGCGGCAUAUGGCCACGCACAAGCCGGCGAGGGAUCAGCACCAACUGCUCAACCAGGCGGCCGGCAACCGCAAGUUCAAAUGCACCGAGUGCGGCAAGGCCUUCAAAUACAAGCACCACCUGAAGGAGCACCUCCGGAUCCACAGCGGUGAGAAACCGUACGAGUGCCCCAACUGCAAGAAGCGUUUCUCCCACUCGGGCUCCUACAGCUCCCACAUAAGCAGCAAAAAGUGCAUCGGCCUCAUCGCCGUCAACGGCCGGAUGCGGGGCAACAUGAAGGCGGGCUCGUCCCCCACCUCGGCCUCCGCCUCCCCCACCAACACCGCCAUCACCCAGCUGCGGCAGAAGCUGGAGAACGGGAAGCCGCUCGGCCUCGGCGAGCACAACAACCACCUGAGCAUCAAGACGGAGCCGCUCGACUUCAACGACUACAAGCUGAUGAUGGCGUCGCACAGCUUCGGCGCCCACGGGCCCUUCAUGAACGGAGGGGUGGGCGGGAACAGCCCGCUGGGGGUGCACCACGGCUCGGCCCAGAGCCCCCUGCAGCACCUCAGCAUGGCCGGGCUGGAGUCGCAGCUCCUGGGCUACCCGGGCCCGCUGGCCAACAACCUGAGCGAGGUGCAGAAGGUGCUGCAGAUCGUGGACAACACUGUGUGCAGGCAGAAAAUGGACUGCAAGCCGGAGGAGCUCUCCAAGCUCAAGGCCUACAUGAAGGAGCUCGGGUCCCAGGUGGAGGAGCAGAAGCAGGCGCUGACCUCGCAGGGGGGGUCCCAGGUCGGCCUCCCGCUCGUCAACCACAACGGCGCCACCAAAAGCAUCAUCGACUACACUUUAGAGAAAGUGAACGAAGCCAAAGCCUGCCUCCAGAGCUUGACGACGGACUCAAAGAGACAGAUUAGCAAUAUCAAACGAGAGAAACCCAACAUGCUUGAAGGAGGCGUGGACGAGAAGGUGCAGGAGAACAACAUGUUUACACCUUACGCCUGCCAAUACUGCAAGGAGAGCUUCCCGGGGCCGAUACCUCUGCAUCAGCACGAGCGCUACCUGUGCAAAAUGAACGAGGAGAUCAAGGCCGUGCUGCAGCCCAGCGAGAACCUGAUGCCCAACAAGCCGGGGAUCUUCAUGGAGAAGAGCGCCCACCUGUCCUCCUCCAUGCUGUCCGAGAAGGGACUCGCCGGGCCCCUCCACCCUUACCGGGACCACAUGUCCGUGUUGAAGGCGUAUUUCGCCAUGAACAUGGAGCCCAACUCGGAGGAGCUGCUGAAGAUUUCCAUAGCAGUCGGCCUUCCUCAGGAAUUCGUCAAGGAGUGGUUCGACCAGCGGAAGAUGUACGAGUACGGCGCCACCAGGACCCCGCCGCUGGAGCACAGGAACAACGCCGAUAUGGUCGUCGGAACAAAUAACCACCACACUCCACCAAAAGACUCUUUGGCAGCUAGGUCGCCCGUGUCCCUCAUGAAACCCACGGACAUCCGCAUCACAUCCCCCUCCAUAGCAGAGCUCCACCACAACGUGAACAACUGUGACAACAACUCGCUCAGACAUUUGAAAAACCACCAGUUCGGAGGAGGAGGAGGCGGCGGCGGCGGCGGCGGCGGAGGCAAAGCGGCCGGUGAAAAGUUGGACCACUCCCGCAGCAACACCCCCUCCCCGCUGAAUCUGUCCUCCACAUCUUCCAAAAACUCUCACAGCAGCUCCUACACUCCAAACAGCUUGACUUCGGAGGACCUGCAGGCCGAGCCGCUCGACCUCUCCCUGCCCAGACUCAUGAAGGAACCCAAGCAUGCACUGACUGUCAAAAGCAGACCUAAAGUCAACAGCAUUAGCAUCGACCACAGCGGCAUCCCCUCUCCCCGAGAGCACUUCGAGGAGCCUUUGAACUUGGCCUAUCUCAAGAAGGAAUUCUCAGGCCCCACCAACAACGGAAACCUUGAAAAAAGCACUAGCCCCAUCUUCGGCAUUAACCCGUUCGCUGCCAAACCCCUGUACACGUCACUUCCACCUCAGAGCGCUUUCCCGCCGGCCACAUUCAUGCCCCCGAUGCAGGCCAGCAUACCGGGCCUCAGGCCCUACCCGGGCAUGGAUCAAAUGGGCUUCCUACCACACAUGGCCUACACUUAUGCAGCAGGGGCGGCUACCUUUGCCGAGAUGCAGCAGAGGAGAAAGUACCAGAGGAAACCAGGUUUCCAGGGGGACCUGCUCGACGGUACUCCAGAUUACAUGUCAGGGCUGGACGACAUGACAGACCCCGACUCCUGUCUGUCGCGGAAGAAGAUAAAGAAGACCGAAAGUGGCAAGAGGCCGCACCAGUGCCAGAUCUGCAAGAAAGCCUUCAAACACAAACACCAUCUCAUCGAGCACUCCCGGCUGCACUCGGGGGAGAAGCCGUACCAGUGCGACAAGUGCGGGAAGAGGUUCUCGCACUCCGGCUCCUACUCGCAGCACAUGAACCACCGCUACUCCUACUGCAAGCGGGAGGCGGAGGAGCGGGAGGCGGCGGAGCGGGAGGCCCGCGAGAAGGGCCACCUGGAGCCCACCGAGCUCCUCAUGAGCAGGGCCUACUUGCAGGGCAUGACUCCUCAGGGCUACCCGGAGCUGGCGGAGCGCGAGGCCAUCCUGAGGCACGACGCCGCCGUGAACGGAGGGAUCAGAGAGGGACGCAAGGAGGUGGACGGAACGUAUGCAAAGAUCGGACGGAGGGACGAGGAGUUCGAGGAGGAGGAGGAGGAGAGCAAGAGCAUGGACACGGACCCGGACACGUUGAGGGACGAGGAGGAGAACGGGGAGCACUCGAUGGACGACAGCUCGCUGGAUGGCAAAACGGAAACCAAAUCGGAUCACGAGGACGCGAUGGAGGACGGCAUGUAAUAAUCAGCGGCGACGUUUCACAAAAGCUUCCCAUCUUUAAAAAAGAACUUAAAAAAACAACAAAAAAACAAAACAAAAAAAAAGAAAAUUUUAAGUUUCUCUCUUUCGGUUCAGUAUUCUUACCUGCUCGGUUUAAAACGCCGUGUUUUAAGCUGUACGUGCACGUGCCUGAAGCUUCCGGGAAGCUUUCUCUGACAGACUCCUCUGGGGAGGGAGGGAGGGAGGGAGGGAGGGAGGGAAGGAAGGAAGGAAGGAGGGAGGGAGGGAAGGAUGGAAGGAAGGGGGGACGAUGUCUGCCGACCAAGACGUGGACUCAAAAAUCAAUCCUGGAAGGAGGGAAGGGAGGCAUGGGUUUGUGAAAUAAGCUGCAUUAUGCAAACCGAACAAUGAAUAAAUGAAUACAUUUCAAAAAAUGUACAGUACUAAGGCCUAAAAAUAUGUGUGGUGCUAACCUCCUCAAAUAAACCCCCUGUGUUCCAUAGUAUUUAUAGCACAACUAGUGACUUGUACAAAUUGCACUCCGCUUCUAUAAUCAUGAACAAAAAUAAUAAAAAGUAUUGCCUAUGUAUAUAUUUAUACAGUGUUGGAAAAAGAGCAGUAGUACCUGCACUACAGUCCUUCAGUAUUACCUUUGUUAUCACCUACCUACCUACCUACCUACCUACCUACCUACCUACCUACCUACCUGCGGUGUCGUCUUUAGUUUUUUGCCACAAACAUCUCCAGCCACACUGUUUCAGGCCUCUCGAAUCAAAUGAAGGAAUUUAAAAAAAACACAAAAACAACAAAAAAAAAAAAACCCGACUGUGUGAAGAAGGAGCUCAGAAAAAAGAAGAAGAAGAGGAGAAGAAGGAGGUUGUUUUAAUUAUUAUUAUUAUUAUUAUUAUUAUUAUUAUUUUGUUUGUUUGUUUGUUUCUUAAAAGAAGUUUUAAAGAGACCUUCGUUUUAAGGGAAAAAUGCCGUUUAUGGACAGAUGUAGGGAGGGAAGGAUGGGGGAGGGAGGGGGAGAAAAAAUGAAGGAUGAAGCCUUUGUAAGGUGUUUUUUGAUAAGAAAAAAGAAGAAGAAGAAGAAGAAGCCUUAUAUGCAAACCUUUUAACCUGUGUGUUUUCUGCAAGUGCCACCCUCGUAUCGUGUAAAAGGAAGGUUACUUUUUUUCACCAGCUUCAGUAUUAAUGAAAUGAUUCACCGUCGUUCUUUGAAGCACCCGUGUCAGUAUUAAGACUUAUAGGCAGCAGUUCCUUAGUUUACAUUAUGUUGUGCAAUGUUUUCUCAGUUCUUUUUAUUUUUCUUUUUGUCAGUAUUACACCAAACCAUUUGUUCUUUUUUUUUUUUUGGAAAACAGCAAAUUGCAUUUCAUUUUAUUUGUAGGUUUUGAAAAAAAAAAAAAAAACAUUAUUUAUGUGGCCCAUUUUAUAUUUCCUAAUUUUAUUUAUUUCAUACUGUUGUGUACAGUACUAUAGUUCUUCAAUAUAUAGAUAUAUUUUAGUAAAAAGGAACAUGGUGUCGAUCAUAGGGGCAAAUUUUACGUAAAGAGAGCAUUUAUUGUGUUUUGAAACAUUGUGAAAUGCGAAGUUAAAUCUUAUUUUAUUUUAUUUUUUCCUUUUAUUUUCCAGUUGCUGGAAAAUUCCAAAUUUGGGAACUUUUAUACAAUUGUGAAAACACUGUAUUUUCGACUGAAAAGAAAAAAAAAAAUUCCACUUUCUUCAUCUUUGUUUCUUUUUUUAAGCUAAAAAAAAAUGAAGAGGGACUGUUAAAUACUAUGUAUGAUAUCAUGACUGAAGAAGAAUCUUUCCUGAAAUGUCUUUGUAAAAGUAUUAUUGAAUUCUUAAUUUGUAAUUUCUCUUGAAAAUGACCCUGCUCGAAUAAAAGUAGCCAAAUUACAGAGUAA